CUCGCUGUUAGAUUUGUUUGGCAACAACACUGCAACGUUACCUCUUGUAUAACCACUGCUGAUAACUCGACAUCGAUUUUUCUUCUAGGAAAAACAAAUAUCGCUCUUUUUAACUGCGCAAAGACUGGACACCGGUCCCUUUUCUUUUUGACAACACACCGGGGCCAACAUGGUGGUCGGAUUCCGCUGUUGUCCGGUAAUCCUGUGGCUGGCCCUGGCCGCCGUGCUGGGCUCGGUACUCGGACUUGGUGAGGACAUCGACCGGCCUCUGUUCGGGCCUCCAGGCUCUCCUAUCCGGCUGCAGGAGUCGGACCCAGGCCUGAAGAAGGCUCUGGAGUUCGCCGAGGAGCGCUACAACCGGGGCUCCAACGCCAUGCACCUCCGCAAAGUCAGCCGGCUCAUCUCUGCCACCAAACAGCUGGUUAAGGGUAUCCGCUACACCAUAACAGUGGAACUGAGUAACACUCAAUGUAAGAAAUCCACCAUGCUCAGGACAUGUGACUUCUAUCCCGUGUCACAGAAACUCAAGACGGAGGUGUGUGUGUUCGAAGUGUGGGACGUUCCCUGGCAGGGCACCUCGACUCUGCUCAAACAGAAGUGCCAGCUUAAAGUUGAACCUCAACUAGAAGAGACCAACAAGGUCGUGGAUGCAUCCACCAGCCAGCCUCUGGAGGAGUCCGUGGAGCUCUUGGGCCAGUUCAAAGAAUUCAUGGUUAAAUACAACAAGGUCUACAGCAGCCAGGAGGAGACAGACCGCCGUUUGCGCAUCUUCCACGAGAACCUGAAGACUGCUGAGAAGGUCCAGUCUUUGGAUCAAGGGUCAGCUGAGUAUGGUGUCACCAAGUUCAGCGACCUAACAGAGGAAGAGUUUCGCUCUACGUAUCUGAACCCGCUACUGAGUCAAUGGACUCUUCAUCGACCAAUGAAACCGGCCUCUCCUGCCCGAGACCCUGCCCCUGCCAGCUGGGAUUGGCGGGAUCAUGGAGCUGUCAGUCCUGUUAAGAACCAGGGUAUGUGUGGAUCCUGCUGGGCAUUUUCUGUUACAGGCAACAUUGAAGGCCAGUGGUUCCUGAAAAAUGGGACGCUGCUGUCCCUCUCUGAACAAGAGCUGGUGGACUGUGACGGGCUGGACCAGGCGUGCAGUGGAGGGCUGCCGUCAAAUGCUUAUGAAGCUAUCGAGAAGCUGGGUGGUCUGGAGACAGAGACUGACUACUCCUACAGCGGGCACAAGCAGAGCUGCGACUUCACCGCCAUGAAGGUGGCCGCCUACAUCAACAGCUCUGUGGAGCUGUCCAAAGAUGAGAAGGAAAUUGCAGCUUGGCUGGCUGAGAAUGGACCAAUCUCUGUUGCUCUGAAUGCCUUUGCCAUGCAGUUCUACAGGAAGGGUGUGUCUCACCCUUUGAAGAUCUUCUGCAACCCCUGGAUGAUCGACCACGCUGUGCUGCUGGUGGGAUACGGAGACCGUAAAGGUGUCCCAUUCUGGGCCAUCAAAAACAGCUGGGGGGAGGAUUAUGGAGACCAGGGCUACUACUACCUGUACAGGGGGUCCAAUGCGUGUGGGAUCAACAGGAUGUGCUCAUCUGCUGUAGUUAACUAAACCACUAACACCACAUAUUCACACAUACACACACACACACACACACACACACCAUCAAACUACAUGUACCACAGCUGCCAGCUGACCCCACCUUUACACUACGCACACGUACAUUUGAUCCAGAGUGCAUGAUGAUCACAAUCAGACACACAUAAAAGUCCUACUGAUGUUACUUUUCCGUUAAACCAGAAUGGUGUUCCACCUUCAUACCUCACACCUUGUGUCAAUUUACUAAAAACAUACCAGCUCUAAUAAUGCUAGCUUUGCUGAGAAAUUUUAUAGUAAUUUUAAAGUAGAUUUUAUGUGUGCAUUUCAUUCCGUUAGCAAUAAAGAUUGCUGUGUUUUAGGCAGUAUCGAUUUUAACUAAUCUCUCCUCAUAACUGAGCCUAUGUCCGAUAAAGAGCGUGCACUAAUUCUAGUUAGACUUCUGUCUUGUCAGUUUUCUUGGAUGUUUUGUUUCCAGUGUUCGUGCUAAUGCAAUGUAGUACUUCUGAAAGAUGGGUGUUUUACCGUAUACAUUGGUCUGCACAUUACUACAUAGCUACAAUGCAAUUGUAAAAACUGCUGUAAGAUGGUGAGAAAUGAAUGAUGGUUGAAUAAAAAAGUGUGGAAUCCUA